UGGUACUGUUCUGAUACACUUUGCAUUGUAGCACUUGCUUCUUGCCUGUGGAACCAACUAGAAUCCUUGUAUAAGUGGAUAAAAUGCCAAACAAAGCACAAGAGGAUGCUGUGAUCAAUAUGAAAUCCGUGCAGGAGAUUGCUAAGCAGUUGGGGUUUGAAUGGAACGUUCUAGCAUUUGAACUUGGAUUCACCAGAAAUGAAGUGAGACAGUUUCAUGCAACAUCUAAAGAAAAGAGGGUCCAGGCUCAGAGAAUGCUGGAAUCAUGGUAUGAGCGUUCCUGGGACAAACCGAACAAAACCAAGCUUCUGCAGGACGGUCUUGAGCGUGCGGGCCGUCGGGACCUGGCUGAGAGACUGCGCUGCCUGCACUGGGGUCACCAAAAGCUCAGCCGCAGAGUCGAGCUGCCCUCGGCCUUUCCCUUCAUCAUUACCGUCCAUAAGACCAUAGACAACAAAGAUGCCCUGAGAAGGAUAAAUGUGCUUAAUCGCAGUUAUAACUAA